AUGAGCUCUAUCAAGGAUGGCAGGCGCAGAUCCUCCACGAUCUCGUCCGCGCCUUCUUCUCAUAAGCUACCAUCCUACCCACCAAGCUUGAGCUCAGAUUAUGACAGUCCUCCGGUAUAUUCUCUGGAAGAUGAUGCGCGCAUCGACAUCGACUUCAGCUCUCGUGCUCUUCAGAGAUUGUCGCACUUUCUACCGGCACCACCAGACUAUUCGACGCUCGAGACCACACCUCCUCCUACAGCGCAAUCCGAGAAGGCUCCGCCGACAUGGACUAUCAAGAUGAACAUUGUCAUCCACGUUGUAGGCAGUCGUGGUGACGUGCAGCCGUUUUUGGCCCUUGGUUGCGAGCUUCAGAAAUACGGGCAUCGUGUCCGCGUAGCCACGCACGAUGUGUUUGCGAAUUUUGUUCGCAAAGCUGGCCUCGAAUUUUAUCCAGUUGGUGGAGAUCCUGCUGCACUGAUGGCAUACAUGGUCAAGAAUCCCAGCCUGAUGCCCUCUAUGAAGACGAUCAUGGAUGGAGAGAUCUCGCGGAAGAGGACAAUGGUAGCUGAUAUGCUGGAAGGAUUCUGGGAUUCUUGCGUCUUGCCAGAUCCCAUCUUUGACACGCCUUUUGUGGCCGACGCUAUCAUCGCGAACCCACCCAGCUUCGCCCAUGUUCACUGCGCCGAGGCCAUGGGUAUUCCUCUCCACCUAAUGUUCACCAUGCCGUGGACAGCCACCGCUGCAUUUCCCCAUCCCUUGGCGAAUCUGAAGAACGUCGGCGACGAUCCUCACGUUGCUAACUUCUUGUCCUAUCAUAUCGUUGAAUGGAUGACAUGGCAAGGAUUAGGCGAUGUUAUUAACGAUUUCCGCAAGGACAUUGACCUGGACCCAGUUGACAUGAUGGACGGUCCGCGCCUGGUAGACAGACUGAAAAUACCAACCACGUAUUGCUGGUCUCCUGCUCUUGUUGCAAAGCCUGUCGAUUGGGCUGAGAAUAUUGAUGUCUGUGGGUUCUUCUUCCGCAGCACUCCUUCAUAUACACCAGCUCCCGAUCUCGACGAGUUUCUCAAGUUAGGUCCUCCUCCGGUCUACAUCGGCUUUGGCAGUAUCGUGCUCGACGAUCCACAGAAGAUUUUGGCCGUCAUCACUGAGGCUGUGAGACUAAGCGGAGUGAGAGCGAUCAUUUCAAAAGGUUGGUCUGAACUUGGCGGCGAUGCUGGCGAGAACAUCUUUUACAUUAGAGACUGUCCUCAUGAAUGGCUGUUCCCACGAAUGGCGGCUGUCGUGCAUUACGGCGGAGCAGGAACCACGGCUUGCGGGCUUAAGAAUGGCGUUCCGACAUUGAUUGUUCCAUUCUUUGGCGACCAGCCAUUCUGGGGCCACAUGGUAGCGACCGCAGGUGCAGGUCCGGAACCGCUACCUCCUAGAAAGCUCACAACAGCGCUGCUCGCCGACGGCAUCCAGUUUUGCCUCACAGCAGAAGCAAAGGCAGCGGCGACAGCUAUUGCGGACCGCAUGGUUCACGAAAAUGGCGUUCAUGCCGCUGUUCAAUCAUUUCACAGACAUCUGGUGGUCGAGAACAUUCAAUGCGAUAUGCUUUCCGAUCAGCCCGCAGUCUGGGACUACAAGAAGUCGAAUAGAAGGCUCAAGCUCAGCAAAGCUGCGGCAGUAACGCUGACUGAAGUCCGAUCCGAUGCUCGAAAGCACAUGAAAUGCCACAAGACAAAACCCAUCAGUAUCCAGACCACCCGGUGGGACCCGGUAAGCGGUGGCGCAUCUGCCACGUUAGGAACAGCGAUAGACCUUGGAGAUUGUAUCACGGGUAUUGUUACCAGACCAAUUGGGCAACAUCAGAAACAACAGCGGCAGAAAGCCAGGGCAGCAGCGUUGGAGACCUUUGUCCAAGAACAACAACAUAGCCUCGAUUCCACUAAAUCCGGCGCCGCCAGCACGCACAGCGAUAUGACGGGCAAGUCUCAUCAAUCUACCACUUCCCGCCGGCGACCUGGCAAGCAGAACACAGGACUAGCUAGUGUCAAAAGUAUAGGAAUGUUCGGCCCAAAGGCACUCAAAGGCAUGACCUCAGAUAUCCCUCUGGCAAUCACAGAAGGCAUGAAGUCUAUACCCGGACACUACGGAGACAAGAUUCGAGACCACGGCCAAGUGACAGGUAUCGGGAGUGGCUUUGCUGUUGCUGGGAAAACCUUCGCGUGGGGCUUCGCAGAUGGGCUUUCGGGGUUGGUUACGCAGCCAUACAAAGAUGUCAAGAAGAAUGGUGCUGCUGGGUUGGCUACAGGACUUGGCAAAGGCCUCACCGGAUUGGUUACGAAGACGGGAGCGGGCAUGUUUGGUACCCUGGCGUAUCCGGCUACAGGUAUAGCCAAAAGUAUCAAGUCGGCUGCGCAUCGUCAAACACGGAAGGAGAUUGAGACUCAGCGCUGGGUUGAGGGCAUCUGGCUGGCGCAUGUACAGCCACUUGAGAGUGAGGAGAAGAAACAGUUGAUUGAGGCUACUUCUGCAAAGUGA